AAGUGUUAAAAAAUCUCAACAUUUUAUUAACGGUGUAUUGAUGUGUCAAAUAAUAUAAAUCAUUGAAAAAUAUGGUGUCUGCCUGCUUGUAAAAAGUUUGAAUUUAAUAUCGGAAUACUGGAAUUAAAGAUUUUUUUUAUUUGAAGAAACAUGUUUCUAAUGAAAUGUUUCACGUUUAAAAGGGUUGCCUCUGAAUAUUUUAUUUAAAAAAUACAGGUUUUUUUUGCACUUUCUUUCCAAUAUAAGAUAAUAUAUUUCCAUGUGUUAUUCAUGACUGUAUGUACAGAAACAGUAGGAGACUAUGUUGUACAAAACGGUCACCUUUGACCUGUGAUCCUUAAUUUUUAAACGAAAACUUUUGGAAGUGAUGUUAUUAUGGUUUUUAUCGUGAUAUAGAGAUGUCGGACUUACUAACUGUUAAACUUGACGAACUUUUCCGAAAGUUACCGAAGAACAGCGGACUAGAUCCCCGCUUAAUUGAAGAGGCAAAAACCGAACUGAAUGUUCUAAAAUUUAGAGCUGGGGCUCACGUACAGACGCACAAACAGAAGUCCUGGAGUAAAACAGACACACAACAACUACAGGAUCAGUUGCAGGAUAAAGACGCAGAAAUCUUGUUGUUAAAGCGCCAGCUUCAAGACAGAGAUUCAUUUUCACGUGACGAUGGGAAAUCUGAAAGCAGCCAAGUGAUAAAGAUCAAAGACAACUAUAAGCGUUUAUUUGAGCAAGAAUGGGGUGAAACGUACGAUUACUUCAAAUCAGAGGGAUGGAAUGAAAUAGAGAUAAUUGUUACACUACAGAGGAUACUGCGGGCGAGUUAUUCAUUCAGCCAGGACGUUGCACAGGAGCAACUGGAGAAUAUCGAGGGCGAGGCUCUGUACCCCUCAGCUACGUGGAUGGAUGAUGAUGGUAUAAUCACGCGCAUGAAACAACGCCAGAUCUCGCGAGAGAUUGCGACACUUGCCAAACUUUAUCAGAGAACCACUGCACAAGAAUGUCUCCCAUCUCUACAGAAGACGUUUAUUGACCAUGUACUCCCAACCUUUAUUGACCCGGCAAGAUACAGCAACAAGAUAACUAAACAGUAUACCAAACAGUGUGUAGAAAUCACGUGGUGUAUGUGCAUACAGGAUCGGCCCAUGACUUUUCUAGACAAGCUUGACAGAGGAGCCGACUUUGAUACAGAAACGUUCAGAAAAUACACGACAACUGGUGGAGAUAAGUUUGACUACCUUGUAUGGCCAGCUUUGCUUCUACAUCAAGACGGGCCUCUGUUAGUAAAAGGUAUAGCACAACCAAUUAAAAUCUCACCGGUAUUGCGUGAAGACGUAGUAAGUAACGACAGUGAAAUUCUUCCUCAAAGAACGCCGCCUUCACCAACUAGAUAUUCUAGAAUGUCAAAAAAACAUGAAGAUAUGAUUUUUGUUGAAUCUGAAGGUCGCAGGGGAAUAGCUCAAACUCCCCCGAAAGUAUACAAGCGUGCUCAAACAUAUAACGACAAUGUGGCACCCAGUUCACCAUUCUUUGCGCCUCACACUAACCGUACACCAGCUCCGCUAUCCAACCUUACGCCGACAACCAGCCCCAUCCCAGCCAUACGUGUGUCAAAUCAUGAUGAAAGAGUAAGUCGACAAGGCAAGUCAGGGGCCGGGUACCACCAUGAUCAUGGAAACCUGACAGUUGCUUGGAAAAACAAGAAAGAUGAGCGCAUGCCCAGUGCCCCAUGAAAAACAGUUGUGCAUUUUUGACGUCAUUAUUUUCACAGUAGAACUAAUUUGUUUAAAAUGUUAAUAGAAGUAAAAAGAUUGCCGUGCCUUUAAAAAAACGGACCUUUUUUGCACAAAACAAACUAUAUUGGAAAUAGGUCUAUUUUCUAUGUACAGCUUUAUGAUUUCAUUGGGAAAAAAACAGAUGUUGACUUUCAAAAAGUUCAGUUCCUUGAAUUCUUAAAUGAACAGACGCACAAUCCUAGAAAUAUUCUUUCCGAGAUACGGGGCAAAAACAACGCUUAUUAUUAACGUGGGAAACCUGGGCGUAGGUGAAUGUAAAAGGAUUAUGUUUGUAUGAGUGUUGAUGGCCCUAGAUUAAAUAAGCAGAGUCAUUCAAGAAAUAUUUCCGCGACAUAACUUUGAAUGUAUGUUUUCAAAGUGUAGCCAUAUCGAGAAAAUGGCGUCUGUAAUUAACUUAAGAAGCAUAUACUGCUUCUUGUGAGGCGCUGAUAAAUAAUUUUGACUGAUUCAUACAGUCAAAAUAUACGCCAUGAUUAUUUGUAACAACUUUAUAGUACAAAAAUAUUGUAAUGCUACUAAUAAUUCAUUGAAUUUUUAUCCCCCGCUUGUGAAUGAGGGAUCUAAAGUUUGAAAGAUAUAACAAUUAAAGGACAAUAACUCUGCCUUUAUUUGAGAAAUGCCAAAGACUUUGCGCGUGCACUACUGUCCUAUAGUGAUCGAUAUUUGUAUUAAGUUUCACGCAGAUCUAUCAGUGGGUCACUUUGUUUUGUGGAAAUUCAUUAAUUCUAGAACAAUUAAAGAGCAAUACAAAAUGUAACUCUGCAGUUACUGAAGAAAUCCUGGCGAACGCCGUUCUAUAGUGAUCUUAUUUGUUUUUAAAGUUAAUGAAUUACGUGGGAAUUUUAAUAGGAUUGUUAAACAAGUUUGGGGCAAUAAAUUUUACACCACAUAUACUAGCAUAUUUCUUUUAAGGGAAUUUUCAUAAAUUCUGAUGUUUGCCUGUGUCAUAGGUAUCAUACACAUUUAGGCCAUUUGCAUGCGCGAUAAUGUUCUUAAACUGUGUUUACGCAUCAAAUUAUGAUAGUUACAGUACUAGUAAGCCUCGCAGAUAGAUAUCCGAACGUGCGAAUCAGCGAAAUUACAUUCUCCGAUAAUUGAAGUAAGUUCUAUUAAGGUAUUGGACCCGUAAUAGAGUAUCUCCUUUUUGAAGAGUAUUCAAUUCCCACCAUAAACCUACUUUGAUUGCAAUUUUCAGGAGGGCGUAGGUUCAAACCCCACUGGGACCAAAUUUUUUUUCUCCAUGUUUUCCUUUUUCUCUAGUAAGUUUUUACUUUUUUCAAGACUUAUUAUGGAUGAAUUGUACAAAAGUGGAAAAUUUUCAUUUUAUAAGCGAUUUUUUUGCUGUUUAAUGUGAAUUUACUUCUGAAUCAGGAGGAGUAGAGUUAGACAUCUUUAAAAAUACUGAGUUACGUGUUCUCUAUUUUGCCUUUGUCGACGGUUCGUUUCCCUUUCACCACUUCUUGGUGAUGGAGCUAGGGUUAAGUAGCCGUAAAUUUACAUUAAGAGUUAUCUAAAUCGUUUGCUACAGUGAGAAGUGUGUGAAAUUUCAAUCUAAUAUUAAACGCUUAUUGAAGAGCUUGCAGGUCAAUAGUCAAAACUAUUGCCCGAGGUCAAUACAUCUAAGUCGUUACGUUCCUAUAAAAUGCGCGAAAAUCCCGGCAGAAAAAAAACCUAAGAAGUCGCGAAAAUCGAAAAAAAUAUACCAUAAUAGUUAAGGAAUAGAAUUCAGUCACGUGACGUCAACAUAGCAACAAAAACAGUAUUGAAUCGACCGAGUAAUUGACACAUCGUAGUGGUACUUUCCAGGGAUAUCUAUGCCAUUUAAAUCACUUUCCACAUUCAUUCUUAAUAUAAACGCAAUUCCUUCAUCCAUGUCAAAGUUACGGCCCGGACACUUUGACCUCCAAGUGUGACCUUGACAUCUGAGAUAAGAACCCGGGGUUUGCGUGCGACACUCCGUCUCAUUGAAGUCAACAUUCACGUCAAAUAUAAAUACAAUUCCUCCAUGCACGUCAAAGUUAUUGUCCUGCCAAAAACAUCAGGACAGACGGACGCAUGCACUAACCCACAUACACCGAAAAGCCAUUUUGAUGACUAUGUCUUCCCCUCCUUGACAAAAAUCAGGAUCUUUGAUGCAAAACUUUUAAAGCGUAAGUAGGUGGUUAAUCUGAUUUUAAGCAAGUAAUGAAUUUGUUGGAAAAGGACGAUUUAUUUUCUUGAAACAAAUCCGUGCAAACCGUGAACAUUGGCCACGUUUUGAUUAUAUUGUGUAAAACACAUUAUUUCAUUUGUAUUUGAGGCUCCAGUACUUUAACUAAAAUAUUGUGUCCGAAAAUCUCGGGGAAAAUGUUACUUCAACAUACAUUUGUAUUAAAUGUUAAAAUGUAUUAACAGACUCUGAUCAGUUUUCAAUACACUUUUUUCUAUAUCAAAUUAGUAAAUAAAAUAUAAUUAAUAAUAAGAUAUACUGACUUUCUGAGAAAUGAAACAAGAAUCUGUCUGUAGCACACAGGGUGUGCCCCCGCCCCAAACUGGUACAUUUG